UCACCGUAAACACAGAUAGAAGGAGCCGCUCCGUCUCCGUCACACAUACCGGCCUCUCUUUGCUUCAAGUGAACGAACAGGAUGAAUUAGAGGAGCGGCCGUUUUCCACCGGGGUUCAAGGUGUUGGUGAGACACGGACAGAAACGGCUCCACGGCGCGAAUGCUGCAUGCAAUGCUGGGAUGUAUUUUUCCACUGCGCUGACUUAUCCACACUUGUAGCUUUUAUCUGAAGGGCGUGCCUGCUGUUACAGUGACCGAACUGCGCGUUUUUAUUUGGAAAUCCGUUCGCCUGCAGAGGGGAGGAGGCUGAUAGACACAGAGAGCCUGGUCUUCAGGCAGGGGGGGUGGGUUUCUCCACUGCGCUGCGCAGACAAGCUGCUGAGCGGACAGCCUCUGCUGCAAACCUCCUCCUCCUCCACAACAACACGGGACAGGAGGAAGAAGGAAAGGUUGGGAGGGAGACAAGCAGGAGGUCUGUAGGGUGGAAAUCUGGACACAUACGGCGGUAAAAUGACCAUGUCCGUCCCGGAGAGGAAAUCAGGAUCGGAAGGGAAGGAGGAGGAGAGUGAGGAUGAGAGUGAGAUCCUGGAGGAAAGCCCCUGCGGCCGCUGGCAGAAACGCAAAGAACAGGUCAGCCAAGGAAAUGUCCCUGGCGUGGAGAGUGCCUCCUUGGCCAUGGAUACAGAAGAAGGCGUGGAGGUGGUGUGGAACGAAGUUCUCUUUUCAGACAAAAAAGUCUUCAAAGCACAGGAGGAGCAAAUCAAAGAAAUGUUUGAGAACUUGAUGCAGGUCGAACACCCCAACAUCGUUAAGUUCCACAAGUACUGGCUCGACAUGAAGGAGACCCAGGCUCGGGUGAUAUUCAUCACUGAAUACAUGUCUUCAGGGAGCCUCAAGCAGUUCCUGAAGAAGACUAAAAAGAAUCACAAGACCAUGAAUGUAAAGGCCUGGAAGCGAUGGUGUACCCAGAUUCUGUCAGCGCUUAGUUAUCUCCACUCCUGUGACCCACCAAUAAUCCAUGGUAACCUCACCUGUGACACAAUCUUCAUCCAGCACAACGGCCUUAUCAAGAUCGGCUCAGUGUGGCACCGGCUCUUUGUUAAUGUGUUCCCAGAUGCCAGCGUCCACAGCAAAGGAAGGCAACACCGGGAUGAGCAGAGGAAUCUUCAUUUUUUUGCCCCUGAGUAUGGAGCUGGAGAGGAUGAUUACUCCAUAGACAUUUUCUCGUUUGGCAUCUGUGCUCUAGAGAUGGCAGUACUGGAAAUCCAGGGCAAUGGGGAUGCUGCUGUGUCCAAGGAGGCCAUAGUGAAUGCAGGUCAAUCUCUAGAAGACCCUCUGAUGAGAGAGUUCACGCAGUCCUGUUUACGCCAUGAUGCAAACCUCCGUCCCACAGCUCACGACCUUCUGUUCCAUAGAGUCCUGUUUGAGGUCCACUCCCUCAAACUGCUCGCCGCCCACUGCCUCAUCAACAACCAGUAUUUGCUUCCUGAGAAUUGCGUGGAGGAAAAGACAAAGUCGUUUGACCCCAAUGCUGUUAUGGCAGAGAUUAGACACAAUGAUAGACUUGGAGUACAGCUCAAAUAUUCCCAUGUUUCCCCUUUAGAGCUUGACAAGUUUCUGGAGGAUGUCAAGAAUGGGAUUUACCCCCUGAUGAACUUUGCCACAUCUCGGCCUCACCCUGUCCCUCGAGCGUUGUCCUUGUCUCAAGAGCAGGUGGAGACGGUGAAAACACCGACUCCUGAACCCCAGGAGACCGAAACGAGGAAGGUUAUUCAGAUGCACUGUAACUUGGAGUCAAAUGAAGAAGGGACCAAAACUCAUGUGAGUCUCACAGUACUGCAGCUCUCAUUGUUUCUGAAGAUGGAUGACAAACUCCAUCGACAGCUUAGCUGUGACAUAUUUCCAACGGACACCCCAAAAGACCUUGCAAGUGAACUCGUCCACUACGCCUUCAUAAACGAGGAGGACAGCGAGAAAGUGGCCUCGUUCCUGGAGGACUCCAUUACCCGACACCGGGUCCGAGCGCUGGCCGCUGGGAGCAAUCAGUGAUGGCGGGAGUCAUGACAGCAGCUGGGCCUGAAGGAUGAGGCCCCAUGGCGUAUUGACUGCACAGGUGGAGAACGAGAGGGAAGCAAACAGCUGGGGAAGACAUUGCAGUGGAUCCCUAACGGGACAAAGGACGAAAGCUAAAAGGCUCUGAAAGUCAGCAAAUCAUCCCAGUUAGAAAGAAACAGCAGCGAGAGUGAAACUGAAGGUGCUGCUGGUGGGAGGAUUAUAGGCCUCAUAGGCUCCACAGAGCAGGGGAAGAUCCACAGAGUCCCUGCCUGAAAGGGCUACAAUGCCUUAAAUUAUAUCCAUAAAAUCAUUUCUCAAUAACACUGCUGAGAUUGUGUUUUACUUGCAGAUACAGCAACUAACGUUAGUGUAAUACAUUGUACUGCUCCAUCCCUCCUUGCGCUCCUGUGCAAUAAGUCACACACAGUCUGUGAUUUGCUAAAGCCUCCUUUCUUCUCAAGCCUUCAGUUUAUCACAGUUUUUAAGAACUGGAUAUUCCAUCCUACAUGCACUGUUAUUAAUACUCAUUCAGUUAUUUAUUUCUACACCCUAACUGUGAACCGCAGAAACAUUGCACAACUCAUUUUUCUUCUUUUAUUUUAUCCUUUUCACAAGCAAAAUUACCCUCACCCCCUUUUUUUUUUUGCACUCCUAAGUUACAGGCUAGUUAUCACACAUCUUAAAAUGCCACGUCUUAUUGCACCUAGAACUUAAGCUAUGAGAUGACGCCUUCUCCGGUCUUAAAAGGUUUCCCCGUGAACGUGUUCUGAAAGCCAAAGACCUGCAAAGUGCCUGAUGUGGCAAUGCAAUGGCAUCGUACCCAACUUAUAAAAUUCUGGAAGAAAUCCAUCAUGGUUGGUUUCAUUCUUCAAAAACAUGCUUACAUUUCUUUGUCUGGAAUCUAUAAAGUCCACUUGUGUAAAAUUGCAGUGGAAUUUGACUCUUAAUAAUUUCACUAAGCUGAAGCAUGUAGUUAUUGGACAUAAUGACGGGAUCAUUUUGCUCUUGGCUGCAUGAACGACAUAAAUAUUGUUGGGUAUUAGCAUUUAAAGAGAAGACAUUGCCAUAUUGUUAAUACAUUUUAUUGUUCUAUAGUUAUUUUAUUGAAAUUGUUUUGUAAAUAUUCUAAGGGAUGAUUAAGGCAAAUGCCACCCUCUUAGAAACUGGAUUAUUAAGUUUUGUUUGCUGUAUUUGUGCUUUAUAACCAGUGGUGUUUUGAUCAAGAAUGUAGCUCAUUGCAAUAAGAUACUUAUGCUCUCUAAACUCAAAUUUAUAAUUUUUUUGUUUGCUUAAAAACUGUUUGGUCCCCAAAAUCCAGUUUUUUUUUUUGUUUAUUUCUAAAGACUUCAGGGCUUUGAGGUUAAAAAAAAAGUUCUGAAUUUAGAGGUUUUUUUUCAUAUCUGGAUAAGGAUUGAGAACAUAAUUAAUAAUUUGGAAAAGUCGGAUUUCUAGGCUCUAUUCCCAACCUAAUGUUGUAAAACUGUAUGCUUCCUUCCUUCCUUCCUUCCUUCCUUCCUUCCUUCCUUCCUUCCU